AUGGCGGUUACGCGCACUUCCAAGUCCCAGAGAACGGCCGUGCGGGCAUCGUUAGCAUGUGUCCAGUGCCGGAGCCAACAUGCGAAGUGUGGUGCCGAGAUGCCGGUCUGUAGUCGAUGUCAACAGGAGGGGAGGGUCUGCUAUUAUGUUCAGUCUCGCCGUAGCGCCACAGCGAAGGCAAGUGUUUCGUCGCUGCCGGCUUCCGAUGUGAGGGGUGAUGUGCUUUUCUCUCCACCGUCGGCAGCACAUGCGUAUUCGGUACAAGAAAAUGAUAGCAUUCCAAUCAAGUAUGGGAUAUUAUCUGCUGUACAACCUCUUGAGGCGAUGAACGGCGCAUACCACGGGGAAAGUGAGCAUGCGACCUGUUGCAGAUUCCUGGAUGCGUACUACAGGGAGACAGAUAGCGAGUCCAUUACGUUUCUUCUCCCGGUGAUCCACUACAUAGGAUCUGUAUAUAUCAAUGAUGGGUCUGCAACAUCCUUGAAGGAGACUGUUAUAAAGCAACUCAACAUCACAGACCUCACCGUGAACGUCUUACCAUCGAAUGGCUACACCGUCCUAGCUUUUCUUCUUCUUGCCAUUGCUACCUAUGGGCAAGAUGAUCGGGCGCAAGCCCGUAUCCUGUUGAACCGGGGACUGCAGAUGAUGAUCGAUAUUGGAAUGAAUCGCCGCACAUUCGCCGCGGCUGAGCCCGACCCUUCUUGGGCUGAAAGCUGGAGGCGUACUUUUUGGGGAUUAUACACUACCGACGUUCUUAUCGUUGGCUUGUGCUUUUGCGGCGGGGACGCUGAUGUUGACCUUCCAUCGGACGACAUCACACUGGAUCAGGCUCGUUUCCUAUGUCAUACUCGCACGUUUGAGCAGUACGAAAUUCGGGAUUUUGAAGACAAGGUGCCCGUCUUUUCGUCGUUCACCUACCUCAUUGACUUGGUCAAAAUCGCCCACUCCGUGUUGCAUCCUCGAGAAGACCGGAAUACGGCCGCCACGAAUGCGGAUACAAUGCUCAUUGCGUGGAAGCUCAACCUGCCCCUGGAAAAGCACUCCGUGGUGAAAGAAGAUGGAGGAGUUGACCAUAUUCUAUUCCAUUGUCACGUCCUCUGGCACAGCCUCCUCAUAACCAUCCACCAACCACUCUCACGUCUGGUCCGCAGCUCUACCAGGGGCUACGAGGACAACGCAUUGAUCUCCCCCAUUUCAUCGAGCGACGACUCGCUCUGGGAAGACUCAUGCGAGCGGCUCCAUACCCGAAGAACGCUUGAUGCCGUGGCAGCGACUAUGAAUCUAUGCGCUCUGCCGAUUCCCAUUGUCCAGCAGUCCCCGCUCACCAUCAGCUGCGUGGCUUUGUCCACCAUGACAAGCAUGAUGGAGUACCAAACAAUACUCUCUUCCUCCCCUCGGUGUCCCACAAGGGAUAAAACCCGCCUGGGAGUUGCCAUUCUCAACCAGUUCGGGCAGGUGUGGGCCAUGGGGGCGAAUGCCAGUACCAGGAUGAAAAAGAUAGCGCGGGAGGUGUUUACGAAGGGGCAUGCGGAUCGGGAUGGGCUGGGAAGGUUCGAGUUGAAUCCGAUUCUAAAUCAGAGCUUGCUGUCUGUAGCGGAUCCUUGGGCCGAGUUUUCGGGAGUCAAUUCAUAG